CGCUGCUCGCCAGUGUUCCGAGAGGCGAGCGCGCGCGGACGUGUGGUGAGACUCUGCCUCGAUCGGAUCCGAACUGACCUGACACCUGGAGCGACAGCUGCCUGGAGCGCGCUGUGCCGUACCGCCCCGGCAGGUGACCGCGUCUGGCCGUAGUUGAUCGCUCACCGUCUCACCUCCGCACCUGGGCCGGCGCUGGGCGGAGAGUGUGACCGGAGUGCGGAGAUGGGCCUGCGGGCCGCGCGCCGCCCUGCGCUGUCGGCCGGCCGCCGCGCCCGGCCCGCCAGCUGAGCAGCGCUCCUCGUGCCGCCCACACGCGCCCGGCCCCCAGUGCGCCGCGCGCCGAGCGGCAGCGCAGCCGCCAUGAGCGCCAUGGAUGUGAGCGAGUCGCUGGCAGCCAUGGAGACGGACGCCGCGGCGGCGGCGGCGGCGGGUCCGCGGCCGCUGGACCUACAACGGGUCAGCGCAGCCUCGGCGGUGUGGCGUCCCGGUGGCAGCUCUGCCGAGUCGCGCGGCUGGGCCGAGCGGCCCAUGAGCUGGCAGGCCGAUCCGGGCGAGCCGGCCUCCUCGCAGCUCGAGGCGGCCAUCAGCCAGACCCACCGCAUGGCGAUAAAGCAGGAGGUGGAUGAAAUGGUGACCAGUCCGGCGGCGCCCGACAGCCACCACCUCUCCUCCGACACAGAGUCGGCCACCGCCAAGACGGACGGCGAGCGUCCGAGCAGCGCCGGCCCGGCGCGCAGCGACUCGGGCUGCGAGGUGAACCACUCGGGUCCGUUCACGCCCAGCGCGUCGCCGCUGCUGCCGCGCUCCGGGCACGGCUUCCACAACUCGCCGGAGCUGGGCGGCGGCGGCGCGGCCGGCCGGCUCUACUCGCCGACCGCCUCGCCGCUGCAGGCGCGCCACUUCUCCGGCUACUCGUCUCCCUACUCGCACACGCCCAGCACGGGCCUGUCGCGCAACAACUCGGACGCGUCGCAGUACGGCGGCUCCCAGUACUCGUGCUCGUCUGUGUCCUCCCCGGGCGGCCAGUACUCGCCGGCGGCGUCUCCGGGCCAGAGCCGCCACCUGUACCGGCAGAGCCCCAUGCUGGGCCGGCACAUGGAGCACCUGCUGGGCCAGCACCCGCUCAACCUGACCCAGUCGGACUCGGAGAGCUGUGACGACAAGUCGCAGCUGGCCGCCGAGCUGGCCGCUCACUCGGCGCUCUCUGGCCAGUCGGGCAUCAGCCGGCAGCAGCUCAUCAACAGUCCCUGCCCCGUCUGCGGCGACAAAAUCUCCGGCUUCCACUACGGCAUCUUCAGCUGCGAGAGCUGCAAGGGCUUCUUCAAGCGCACCGUGCAGAACAAGAAGAAUUACGUAUGCCUGCGCGGCGCCGGCUGCCCCGUGACGAUAGCCACGCGGAAAAAGUGUCCCGCCUGCCGCUUCGAGCGCUGCCUUAACAUGGGCAUGAAGCUGGAAGCGAUCCGCGAGGACCGGACGCGCGGCGGCCGCUCCACCUACCAGUGUUCGUACACGGUGCCGCCGUCGCUGGUGGCGCCCUCUGCAGGUGGCGCCACCAGCGGCGGCCCGGCCGACCCGCUCCAGGCGGCGCCACACGUCAAGGCCGAGCCGAGCGAGGGCGGCGCGCCGCCGGACGGCCGGCCGGCCACCCCGCCCCUGCUGAAGCAAAUAAUGUCAGUGGAGCACCUGUGGCAGCCGUCUCCGGCGGACAGUGUGCCCUCGCCGGCCUCGCAGCAGCCGUCCGGUCUGGCGGCGGCGGCGGCGGCCGCGGCCGCCGGCGCCGGCGACUACAGCAGCCUCUGCCACAUCGCCGAUCACCGGCUCUACAAGAUCGUCAAGUGGUGCAAGAGCCUGCCGCUCUUCAAAGAGAUCCACUUGGACGACCAGACGGCUCUGUUGAUCAACACGUGGUGUCAGCUGCUGCUGCUCAACUGCUGCUACCGCUCCCUGGACACGCCCGGUCACAUACGGGUGUCGCGGGGCCGCUCCGUCAGCGUCCAGGAGGCCAACGCCAUCGGCGUGGGCCGCUGUGUGGAGCGUAUGGUGGCGCUGACUGACCAGUUCCGGCGACUCCAGGUCGACUACUACGAGUACAUCGCGCUCAAAGUGAUCGUGCUGCUGUCUUCCAAUGGCGACCCGUCGGUGCUGACCGAGCCGCACAAGGUGUCGGCGUGCCGGGAGCAGGUACUGCAGGCGCUACAGCAGUACACCAUGUCCCACUCGCCGCAGACGCCCAGCAAGUUCGGCGAGCUGCUGCUGCGUAUCCCGGACGUGGAGCGCGCCUGCCAGCUGGGCAAGGAGCUGAUCGCAGCGCGCAGCUCGUCCGACGGGCCCACCUUCGACAUCCUGCUGGAGCUGCUCAAAGGCGACUGACCGGCCGCCGGUCGGCCGGUCCGCCGCCGCCGCCGCGCCUCGCUGGUCGAGUCGCGGCCCACCUACAUUCCACUCAGUUGAAGCGCAGCUCAGUGCCAAACGGCCGGGGCGGGAGCCGCCGGGCCGCCCUGUAAUCCAGCCCACCGUGCCGGCACGCCGGCGUCCAUCGCCGGACGCCGCGCCGUGCCGCCGCCCAGACGGCGCCGCCGCCGCCGCUCUGCGCGCUACUCGGCGCCGAGCAGCGGCGCAGAGGCGACGGCGGCGGCGCGCCGCCACCGACCCGACCGCCCAGUGCCAGCUCGGUGAUGGCGCGCCGCGCCGGCCGCGCCGUCACUUGUUAUUUAUUGGGAGGGGCGCGCCCGCCAGAGCCGUCCAGCCGCCAGCAGCUACCGCGCCGCCGGCGCCAGCCUUACUCAUCGGAGAGAGAGUGACACCGAGUGAGAGAGAACGGGAGAGGAAGGGAGAGUGCAAGCAUCGCCUGGCUGAACUCUUGAGGAGGCUAGACGUUUUAUAUUGUUUGCUACUUUGUUUGUACAAACUGGUGUUUGUUUUUAUGAAGGUGUGCUAAAGAGCCAAAAGCCAUUUUAUUAAUACAUUUUUAUAUUAUCGUA